AUGAGGAUCCUCACAUUUUUAGCUGGCCUCAACACUCUGUGGGUUUUAGCCUUUUCUUCUCUGUCCAAUACACUGGCUGUAAAUAACAGCGGGAAAUGGUGGUGAGUUAUUUAUAUGAAAUAAUAAUACAUGCUCUAUAAAUAUCAUAAUAAUAAUAAUAAUAAUAAUAAUAUAUGAUAUACAAUAAUACUGUGAACCUGAUAUGACUGAGAUACGCUGCCUGAGACUCUAAGUUGCAGUCACAGUUACUGUGCAUGUUAACUGCAGCUUACAUUAUUCACCGACAUGUACCGAUAUCUUGAUUGAACAGUAAUUGUCCCUAUAGCCUCUUUUAGCAAUAACUCGAUCCAAACUGCUUCUUCAGUCAGCAUCUCCUACAUUCACUGCUUUUCCACUGCACACACUGGCAUUUGCUAUUCUGCACCCACAUUGAUGAAAUGUUACCUUAACCACAUUUAAUUGCAUCUACCUGCAUUGUAAAUCACAAAGGUGCUCUCCCGGGGUACCAGACACUGGGCUUUGAACCUGCGGCACAUGUUGAAUAAUAUUUACCUUUGAUCUGCCAUAAAGAUUACAGACAUAUAAACUCCCCUAAUAUUACCUGCUUAUUACCUGCAAAACUUACAUUCAUCUAACCUUAUCCAAAUGUAGUGUGCAGGGACAUUUCCUUCACCUGCAAUAAAAUUACCUGAAAUACUAUUAUGUGAUAACAACUGCACCUGCCUAAUAUUACUUUAUCAUACUGGACUUACAUUACCAAUUGGCAUAUAAUAUGCCGCAACCUUACUAACAAGAAAUCGCACUCACAUUAGGAUGCCUAAAAGGUAAAUUUCAGAUGUUGUAGAACUAAAACUUCCAUGAUGCUUUGCAUGCAUUUAGAAUGACUUUAGAAUGACAAUGUAUCAUGGAAGUUGUAGUUUUAAAACUUCUAGGGAUCUACCUUUGACCACCCCUGCAUUACCCCUAUCUGAAUGGCACUGACAUAAUGCUUGAAUUUAAAGUGUUUUAUACCUUCUUCUGCACUCACACUUUUUCAUUUGCCUACCUAUAAAUUAUAUUAUGUUAACUAUUAAAAAUAAAAAAUAUCACUGAUUGCUCUAUAUGCCAUUUACAUCCAGAACUGACUAUAUAGGAAACGUGAUCAUAAGGACACAUACGUAACAGCAUAAUUCAUACUUUUUCUCUUUUUUUCCAUGAAACAACCUUCAUGUUUAAUGUUAAAAGUAUAAUCUGAAAGAAAUGUUAAGAAUUGAUGAAUUACAUCUGUUAUAUGAAAAAUUAAGAAAUCAUGUAUAACUGCUAUCCUGCAUCCUGCAUGGGGUUUAUUCACUAAAUGGGGAUUUGACAAUUUAUAUGUAAAAUAUUGAAGUUGUAAUUUUUUGCUUUUCUUCAAUUUGGCUAUUUUGCAACAUCAAUUGUCAACUCAUCACAGCACAUUGUUUAGUAGUGGGAGAAAAAAAAACCUGGUUUAUAUGCGUUAUAGUUUUGUUUAUAUAAUUAUUUUGUAGGCACAGAGUUAGUAAAUUUGAUUUGUAUAUAAAUGGUAUCCAAGACGUACAAUCACUACUAAUCUAAGCUGCAAUAGUGCUGACAGCCUAAGUUAAAGUCAUUACACAUUAACAGUUAUAUUAACUUGUACCCACAACGCACCCCUGCUAUGAAUCAUUCAAAAUGCAUUUCCUUCACUUCACUCCAUCAAUCACAAAGCACACAUCCAGCCAAAACCACAUAACAAAACUCAACCCUACUCAUCCUUAGCCAUAGACGUAAACGCUACCACACAAUGUAAACACCACAGAAACAAGCCCAAGACGAACACUGAGCAAAAAAAACAGCAGCACUGCAUUUAAGUGUACACCUGCAAGUAAAGCUGUAAUAUACUAACAGGGCGGCUAAUUUGUAGUUGUCAAAACCAGUCCCUGUCAUUUUUAGUUGUAUGCACUAUAGAUUGACUACAACAGUAGGGACAGUAGGAACGUAUAUUCCGUGGCCUUAUUUUGAGAUACAGGUUGUAUCUUCACACUUCAUUGAAUAAACCCCUGUGAGAGGUGGCAGUGGAAUUAUAAACUUCAGAUAAAAAUAGCUACACUGGAAAAACAUCUGAUUAGGAAAUAUUUGGAUAUAGUGGCCUGACAUUUGCAAAAUCCUUUGUCAAUACUACACAAUACCCAAUUUGGUUAAUUAAACCUCUUUAUAUAUGCGUUGUGGUCCUUUAACACUGAAUUCUUUAUGUUAGUGGACUUACGUUUCGUAUCUCAACUGUUUGUGCCCUACAGGGGUAUAAUAAAUGUGGCCUCCACUGGCAAUGUCCUUCCUGGAUCGGACAACGCCCCAGUUCCUUUGGUGCUGGAUCCAAGUCUGCAGCUUUUAAGUAGGAAGCAAAGACGUCUAAUCCGCCAGAACCCUGGAAUCCUGCAGAGUAUCACCCGUGGGCUGCUUAGUGCUAUACGAGAGUGCAAGUGGCAGUUCAGAAAUCGGCGCUGGAAUUGCCCCACUGGGCCUGGCAACCAGGUGUUUGGAAAAAUUAUUAACAGAGGUUAGUGCCAGGUGUGAAUAUUCACAACACAGCAAGACAACUGAUUAAAUCAAUUCUGAGCAGGAUAAAAGAGAUAAUAGAUUUUUAUAUUCUGUGGAUCUACAGAGUCUACAGAAAUGUUCAACUCAGAAAUAAAUUAUUAUUUAUCAUUAUUAUUAUUAUUGGCAUUUAUGUAGCAUCAACAUAUUCUGCAGAUCUUUCCAAUUAUAGAAAUGGUAAAUAAUGAGGGCAUUUCUCAAUGACCUACAAACUAUGAGACUUGGUUUCUGUUGUUGUGAGUACAUUCUAGUAGAAUGUGAAUUUUUUUUAUUGUGGUGGCAUUACAAGCAUUAACAACCAUCUAGCAUAUGGGUACUAUAUAGACUACCUCUGAAAUUCGACCAGUGUAGAUAUAUGGAUUGAUGACCCAAUUGCCAUGGUUGCUAAUCUGCAGGGGGCACUGUGUGAGCCAAAACAAGACUCCUACAAAGGAUCCUAACAAUAUGUGAGUAUUGUGUGUUUUGAAUUGGUAGGGUUAGUCUUCCCCUAUUUACUGUCACUAGACAAUGAUUGUUGCGCUGUAAUUGUUGAUAUUAUUUUGUUAUAAUAGAAAAAUAUAUGGCGUAUACGCGCCUCAAAAAUCAUACAUACAUAAACCUUUAGGAAAUACAUAGAAACAUAGAAACAUAGAAUGUGACGGCAGAUAAGAACCAUCUGGUCUGCCCAAUUUUCUAAAUACUUUAAUUAGUCCCUGGCCUUAUCUUAUAGUUAGGAUAGCCUUAUGCCUAUCCCAUGCAUGCUUAAACUCCCUUACUGUGUUAACCUCUACCACUUCAGCUGGAAGGCUAUUCUAUGCAUCCACUACCCUCUCAGUAAAGUAAUACUUCCUGAUAUUAUUUUUAAACCUUUGUCCCUCUAAUUUAAGACUAUGUCCUCUUGUUGUGAUAGUUUUUCUUCUUUUAAAUAUAGUCUCCUCCUUUACUGUGUUGAUUCCCUUUAUGUAUUUAAAUGUUUCUAUCAUAUCCCCCCUGUCUCGUCUUUCCUCCAAGCAAACCUGUUGCAAACCUCAGGAUAAAGAAAACAGACAAUAAUAGUGCAGUACAAUAUGGUACAGUGCAAAUAAUGUUGGUAGUAGCUAUAAAAAAAACACUCACUUAUAAUAACCAAUAAACCAAGAAUAAUUAUCCUACAGAAUUCUUUCUACUGGGCACUGCAUCUACUGUACAAUUGAAAUUGUGGUCAACAGCAUCCAAAGUGCCUUAUUUAAUUAACAAUUUGUUCCCCCAAAUCUGUAAGGUUUACUUACUCUUCCAAAUUAUUUUUACUUUUUGCAUCAUUGUAUAACUAUAAUGUGUUGAUUUGGUUUUUCACCACCUUCUUCACAAUAAUAAAAUAUGUUGUUAAUACACUACCGUGGAAUUCUGGAGAUCUGUACAUUUUAGGCCAAAUGAGGCAUAAGAGAAAAUAUCUGCAUCUCAGUUAGUUUUUAAAGCAGUUAUUUUAUCCAAAAUAUGCUCUUUGCUUGUCAAUAUUCCACAGUUCUUCUGGUUUGGUGAAAAUAAACCUCAGGGUGUCUGUGCGCAUUUAAACAUGUUCUUUGCCAACACAAUCAUCAAACUGUGACUUAAACAUACCCUGUGAAACCUACCCUGGGACACCCACCAGUUUAUUCUUAAAUAGGGCCAAUCUGUUUUUCUUUCUUACAAAUCCUUGUUGAUUGUGAUGUCCAAAAUAGAAAAGUGCUCUAAAAUUAAAGCACUAGAAACACAAACAUCGAAAAUUAAAAAUAGUUACUACCAAAGAACAAGUGUGCUAAAAACAAGAAAAUAUACAUCAAAAUAUGGGAACAAGACAAGACAAAACGUCAUGAAUAAAUUACAAAAGUUAAUAUUGAACAUAUAACUUGCAUCUGUUGGAUCCCGACCAGCCAAACCUCUUAUAUUUUACUAUGGUUAACCACUUCUGACAGGUUCAAUACCGACUUUGAAACCAAAAUAAUGUGUAAAGAAAUAUAAAAGAUUAAGACAUUUAACUGCCAAACAAAUAUAAAUGACAUUACAGUAACCCGUCUUUGCAUCUGUCACAGGUUGCAGAGAGACAGCAUUUGUAUAUGCCAUUACCAGUGCUGGAGUGACUCAUUCGGUGGCCCGUUCCUGUUCUGAAGGUUCUGUUGAGUCCUGCUCUUGUGAUUAUCGGCGUAGAGGGCCAGGGGGACCCGACUGGCACUGGGGAGGCUGUAGUGACAACAUUGAAUUUGGCGGUUUAAUUGGAAAAGAAUUUGUAGACUCCAGUGAAAGAGGAAGAGACCUAAAAUAUAUGGUGAAUCUGCACAAUAACCAGGCUGGAAGAAUGGUGAGUGAGAGAGAAUUAGCAUACAAGCCUUUCAUUUUUAGUAAAAUAAAGAGAAUAAUUUAAAGCAGAACAAACUGUUCCAUGGGGAUUUUUGUGGUUGUUCUAGAUUGUCAUUUUACAAAAUAACAAUGUAUAUGAAAUACAAUUUUUUCGUGCCAACCUCUCUACAUGAGAGGUUGUAAGUGAGGUAUCCCAGGUGCAAAAGAUAUUUUGACGAAUCCUGCAACAUGUGUGCAUAUGAAAGAUCACAGGACUGCAUACUACUUCCAUGAUCUAUAGCAUGCCUCAGGGGCAGAUUAAGUGAAAAACAAAUGGAGGUCCAACAAAAUAGUUGAUGUCUAAUUGAUGACAUAUAGGCAUGGCAUGGGAGGAUGGAAUUAUAUUAUUUUAAUCACUAUUAUUAGUCUUAUUCUAAAAAAAACCACAGCACACAACUAGGUAGUUUUGCAGUAAAUAUUAUUUUAUAUAUAAUCACAUUAAAGGUUUAUUGAUAGACAGGUUUCAUACAGAGAAGCACGGUGGUGUCACGAGAAGAAAAAGUGAAUUAAUUUUAAACCAUUUUAAAAAAUCUGUAUAUUUUCUUGUAGUUCUGCCAGUUCAAUGUACAGCAAGUUAAACUCUUCAAUUGGCAAAUUCCCAAAAAUAUUAUUUUAGUCUUUUUGUACCCUGGAGAUUUUUACAACACAUUGAAAUGUUCAAAAUAUAACUGUUAUUAAACUAGUGUAUUAUACCUUUACUUAGUCCAGGCAUAAACCUUUAUAAUGUCCUAUCUGACUAUUAAAGAACACCAUUGUUUGUUUUGUAAUCUUAAAAAAAGGUUUAGAGUGGUCCACUUUCUUAAAAGAACACACCAGAUCAAUAAAGCACAUUAGCUUGAUGUCCUCUUUUUUUCAUUUUGGAAAUAGUGCAGAUUUCAAUAAAAAUUGACACUUUUAUAAAUUAUGCUGGUUACACCCCCUGGCUUUUCACGCAGAUAACAGGUCCUGUUACUUCCUUGUUUGGUUAGCUUACUAGCACUGAACUUGCAAAGACUUUUCAUUGAACUGCAUUGGGAAGUCUGUGAUUGGACAUCCACAGAACAUCUGGGUGGGGUUAAAAGAGGAGGGCUUGCAAAGGCAGCAGACAAGAGAUCUGCAGAUUUUGUAAGCAGUUUUUAGAUAUAACUCCAAUGAAAAAAUGCUUAAUUAAAUGCAUGCAAGUUUUAAUUUUGGGUAUAUCUACUAAACAGUGAUUUUUUUUAACUUUGCAUUUGGGCAGUGGAGUGUCCCUUUAAAUCUGAAGAGUCUCCUUUCCUGUAUGUCUACAACACUAAAUUGCAGGUCCCCCAUCACUGGUUCCAACUGCCUUAUAUCAAUUUUGUCCGUAUUGUGUGCAUUGUAUACACACGCAGAACUCAGGCUGACCUCUCUCUUCUUAGCAACUGAACAAUGAACUGGGAAAUUGACAGUAGCUGCAGUAUGGCCGCUCUGAAUUUACACAGCAGCUUUAUGCAUACUGUGGUGAGUGAAACUGCAACUAGGGGAUAAGCUACUCAUCCUGUAAACCUCUGCUAGACAGAUAUAUGGGAUAAGAAUAGACCCUGCAGCCCAGAAUGAGACUUUCCUGAUUGGAGCGUAUCUUCUGAGUGAGGAAAGGGUCUUCCUAAAGUUGCAGGCAGAAACAUUAAAAGCUGCAUAUGUAGGGAACUUUUAUGAUAUGCAGCAUUUAAUGUUUUAUAUCUGUUUAUGUGUAGUUUAAAAAAAUAUAUAUAUAUUUAUGUGUGCUUAUUUUUUAAUACAGUUUUUUUGGCCAAUGUCAUUGAAAAAUAACUGCUCCACUAGUUCCUCUCAUAAACAUUCUAUGGUGGUAGUAUGUCAUAAAAUGCACGCUGAUUAUGUUUAUUCUUGUGUUUUGCAGAAUGUGCUUGCAGAGAUGCGCCAGGAGUGUAAAUGUCAUGGCAUGUCUGGUUCCUGUUCUCUCCGUACAUGUUGGAUGCGACUUCCUCCAUUCCGUUCUGUGGGUGAUGCUCUGAAAGACCGUUUUGAUGGUGCCUCCAGAGUCACCUACAGCAAUAAUGGUAGCAAUCGGGGGAACUCUCGUAGUGACCCACCACACUUAGAACCAGAGAACCCUACCCAUGCCAUGCCCUCCUCAAGGGACCUGGUCUACUUUGAGAAGUCUCCUAACUUCUGCAGCUAUAAUGAAAAAGCAGGAACACCUGGAACCGUUGGUCGUAUAUGUAAUAGCACAUCUUUAGGGCUUGAUGGAUGUGAGCUCCUGUGCUGUGGCCGGGGCUACCGAAGCAGAGCUGAGAAGGUCACUGAACGGUGCCAUUGUACCUUCCACUGGUGCUGCCAUGUGACCUGCUUGAACUGCACCAGCACACAGAUGGUUCAUGAGUGUUUGUGA